GGAGGGAAGCUUGCCAACAAAAGGCGGAAGGCUCAUGAUAGCGGGUUCAUGGGUCAUUCAUCCGAGCCUCGAUGAUCCUGGUGUAAGUACACCGGGACGCGGUACUGCUCGGGAUGGAGGCGGCUGCUCUGGGGGCCCUCACUCUGCUGCUGGGAGCGCUGGUUCUGCUGGUGCUGUUAGCAGUGAGCAAAAGGAAGGAAACGGAGCCGGCCGCGGGAUUGGCCGUUCCACAGGAGAGCAGUGCAGUGAAGCCCUCUGCGGUGAAGAAGCCUAAGCAAGAGAAACAGCAGCGGAGGAGCAAAGACAAGAACACCCAGCACACUUUCUCCCACCCUCUGUUGGCUGCCACGCUCAAGGCCCACAAUGGGAAUGUGACCUGUCUGGACUUCAGCAGUAAUGGGAAGUACCUGGCCUCCUGUGCAGAUGACCGCACUGUGCGCAUCUGGUCUACCAAGGACUUCAUGGAGAGAGAACACAAGUGUCUGAGGGCCAACGUGGAACUGGACCAUGCUGUGCUGGUCCGGUUCAGCCCAGACUCCAGAGCCUUUAUCACAUGGCUGGCUAAUGGAGACACCAUCAGGAUCUUCAAAAUGGUGAAGAAGGAGGACGGGACGUUGAACUUUAAGGCCGCUGCGGAGGACUUCCCUCAGAAACACAAGGCCAGCAUCAUCAACAUUGGCAUUGCAGAGACUGGUAAAUUCAUCAUGAGUGCCUCAGCAGACACCACCAUCCACAUCUGGGACCUGAAGGGGGACAUCCUGGCCACACUCAACACCAACCAGGUCACCAACUCCUAUGCUGCUGUGUCACCCUGUGGCAGGUUUGUAGCAUCCUGCGGCUUCACUCCGGAUGUGAAGGUGUGGGAGGUGUGCUUCGGAAAAGGAGGAGAGUUCCGAGAGGUGAUCCGAGCAUUCGAUCUAAAGGGACAUUCUGCGGGGGUCCACGCCUUUGCCUUCUCCAACAACUCCGACAGGAUGGCCACAGUGUCCAAAGAUGGGACGUGGAAGCUGUGGAACACACACGUGGAGUACCGCAAGCAGCAGGACCCUUACCUCCUCAAGACUGUGCCCUGCUCCUCCUCUGAGGGCAGCCGGGUGGCACUGUCCCCUGAUGGGCGUGUGCUCGCCGUUAGUCAUGGUAGCGAUGUUUGCCUGUACAACUGUGAGAGUGGAGACCUGGAGGAGAGGCUGAGCGCUGUGCAUUCCUCUCCUCUGACCGAUCUGCACUUCGACACCACUGGGCUGUUCCUGGCCUGCAGUGGGGACAGGGCCAUCCGCGUGCUGCACAACGCACCCGGGCACCGUGCUGCCAUCUCACACCUCCGCACGCUAUUAAAGAAGGCCCAGAGCGAGGCCAUGAGGGACAGACUCACCCAGCAGGUGGAGGAGGCCGAGCGGGCUCUGGACACACUGCUGUCACACGCACACACGCAGCCACUGUCAUAGGCUGGCCUCACAAUGAUUCGAUCAUCAUUUCAGAUGGAGCAGGGGACUGAAUAACUCUAUGGGAAUUAAAUAAAUAUUGGGUUCCCACAUUUAAUCUUGUAUUCUUAAAGUAUUUUCAACUGACACUUGUGCCUUUGCCUUUAAUCAAAAGAAAAAAGUCAGUGAACUGUCACUGUCAGUGAACAAAGUCGAUUUAGAAACUAGGAACUUGCUUUGACAUAAAACAAUGUAUAUAAACUAUGAUAAAAUAAAGGCAUGCAUAGUAAACCUGCCACUUUAAUAUUAUAGUGAAAUUAUAUUUCAUCUUGGUGACUAUUAGAACUGACACGAAGGUUUGCCAGUUUUUGUUUCAUGUCAGAGACCCAGUAAUUGCAGUGAUUAAUCAUGAACCAGAUAAAUGCAUUUUUCAGUUAUAUGGCAAAUUCAAAAUUGAGGUGGAGGGCAGUACAGAGUUUUAUGGUUGAAUUAUGGUCAUUUAGAAUAUUAUCACAUGAACCUGACUAUUAAGCUUUGGAGCUUUGAUCUAUAAUUCUGGUUUAUUACCAGCUUUUCUUGCAGAUACUUUUUUAGACUUGUCUCCCUCUGCUAACAACAAUAGGGAGUGAAAACACGAAUCUAAGCGUUUUCUGAGUGGAACUCUUUUACAUUAAGGGGCCUGUGCUUGAUUUAAAGAUCUUAUAUUAUACAUAUUGGGUUCUUGUGAGCUUUAGGCUAUGUUACAAUGCUGUUCCUUUAUCAAAAACACACCUGGAGUUGUUUUUUUUGUUUCAUUCACAUAUCUUUGUUAAACCCUGUAUUAUUAGUCUGUCUACAUCUCCAAAGCUCAAGAUGCUCUGUUCUAUUUUAUGAUGUCAUGUAGUGAUAAUUUUCAAGUCAACAACUACACCUUUUGUUUAGUAGAGAUUAAACUAUCCAGAUUAUUCUAGUGAAGUAUGAAGUUUAAAAAAAGUGGAGCAUUUCCUGUAUUACCACGUGACAUCACAAGGUGGAACAGUGUUUUCUGUUUGAGAGAAAAACAACAUAAAACAACAUAACAACAUAGACCAGAAAAUAAUCUAAUAUAGGCCUUUUAAAGCAUGAGUGAGGAACAUGUUUUAGUUUGAACUUUUAGCCCCUCCCACUUAGUCCUUUCUGUCGCUGUGAUAUUGCACCAUGACAGGGAAUCAGGUGUCUGGAUAGUGUCAAGCAGUUAACAUGUAUGGAUAAUGAUAACCCUUUCAAUAGCAUCUAUAUUGGUUAUUACCCCAGGAUUUGCUAUGUAAAAUGAAUAGAUUAUAUUUUAUUCUAAAUGUUUUCUUUCCCAAAAAUUACAUCAAUUAAAGAGCAUUUAUCUUGACUAAAAUAAAAUCAGGUAGAGGCCCCUUUAAGUAAUCAAAUGUGAAAUACCGAAGCCAAGAUGUGUUAAGACAAUAAAUCAGAAUCUAUCCUUGC